AUGAGAACAAAAUCACCUAUAAAUCAACAAAAAAAUCUUCAACUUGAAUCCUUAUAUUUACGUGAAGCUUACACACGUAUACAAGCAUGGAAACAAUAUCAAGAUAAGAUUUCUGAAGAACGUUGUAAUUGGCCACCACCAAUUAAUGGUAAAACAUAUAAUAAAUAUGAAGAAAUCAUUUAUAGUGUAAAUACAAAUAAUUCUAAUUAUGAUUCAUGGUUUCAUCGAAAUAUUUAUAAAAAUUUUCUAAUGAAAACUAGUCAAACACAAUAUAUGAUAUAUGAUUUAAACAAAUCUAUUUCACAUAAAGAAACAAAACUUGAACAAGAAGUAAGACAAUUAAGAGAAAAACUAAAAAAUUUUCAGUUAUAUAAAUUAAAUGAUAUUUAUCUUAAACCAAUGUAUCCUGUUUUACCAUCAAUACAUUAUUAUUUAUAUAAUGGUAUUAGUAAAGAACUUGAAGGUCGUUUAAAUUAUUUAAACAAACGAAAAAUUUAUGCACCUAAUGAAAAAUAUUAUGAACCAUUAUGUUCAUCAUGGGAUAUUACAUGGAAUAUAAAAAAUUUCGAUUGA